GGUGUCACCUCAUGACCCCUGAUAGGAGUUACAUAUAUUGAUACAUGCCUUUUUUCUUGCAUUUGAUAAAAUGCAGGUGCUUCUACCCCAUUAUUAUUUUGUCUGUAGAACCAAACAAAUUUUAAUCAUUUUCCUCCAUUUUAUUUCUCCUUUGAUCCUCAAUUCCUCUUGUUUGCUAAUCUCCAGUAAGUGAGAAGAUGAAGGAAGAGAUGGCAGAGUAUGUUCCUCUAUCUCAAAUGGAGGAUUCAGAGAAGCAAAAUUCUUCUCUGAUUCCAAUUAAAAGUAGAAAAAAGGGUGGAUUAAUUACCAUUCCUUUUAUCAUAGCAAAUGAAGCACUGGAGAGUGUGGCGAGCUAUGGGCUUUUACCAAAUAUGACAUUUUAUCUGAUGAGAGAAUACAGGAUGGACAUUACUACAACUCAAAAUCUUCUAUUUUUCUGGUCAGCUGCUACCAAUUUUUUGCCUAUUGUUGGAGCUGUUGUUGCUGAUUCAUAUUUAGGUCGGUUCCUCACUAUUGGCCUUGGUUCCAUCUUCAGUUUCAUGGUCACUGUAAAAUCAACCACGGAAGCUUGGCCGAUGGGAACUGUAGUGUUGUGGUUAACAGCAAUGAUUCCGAGAGCAAGGCCUCCGCCUUGUAAUCAAUCAGGACAGGCUUGUAAAUCUACAACGACAUCACAAUACAUGCUCUUGGUUUUCUCAUUUCUGCUCAUGUCAAUUGGUGCUGGAGGUAUAAGAUCGUCUUCUUUAGCAUUUGGUGCUAACCAGUUAGACAAGGGAGAUAAUAAUCCCAACAAGUAUAAGAUGAUGGAGAGCUUCUUUACCUGGUAUUAUACUUUAUGCGUAGCUUCUGUUUUGAUUGCCCUGACGGGCAUCGUUUACCUACAAGACAGACUGGGGUGGAAAGUAGGUUUUGGAGUUCCUGCCAUCCUCAUGUUCUUAUCCGCUCUGUCUUUCUACCUUGCCUCUCCAUUUUAUAUCAAGCCAAAGGUUCGCUCAAAUGUGUUUGCCAGCUUUAUACAAGUAAUUGUCGUUGCCUGCAAGAAUAGGGAACUACAUUACCCCAAUCAGAACUCUGAUUAUCAUCACAAGAAUGGUUCAGGACAUCAAGUGCCAACGGAGAAAUUGAGAUUCUUAAACAAAGCUUGCAUCAUUAAAAGACCUGAAGAUGUUAAGCCAAAUGGAGUUGCAGCCAAUCCAUGGAACCUUUGCACAGUGGAGCAAGUUGAGGAGCUAAAAGCCCUCAUUAGAGUCUUGCCAUUGUGGUCAACGGGGAUCAUGAUAUCAAUAAACAUGAGCCAAAGUUCAUUCCCUUUAUUACAAGCUCAAUCCAUGGAUAGACAUCUAACUAAAGGGUUUGAAAUUCCAGCAGGAUCAUUUGGGAUGUUUAUGAUGAUUGCAUUAACAAUUUGGGUUUUUCUCUAUGACCGAGUGAUGCUUCCAUUGGCAUCAAAGAUAAAAGGAAGACCAGUUCGUCUAAAACCUAUAGUCAGAAUGGGAAUUGGCAUAUUUGUCUCUUGCAUGUCCAUGGUAGUCUCUGGUAUUAUUGAACAUGUUCGACGAAGAAAAGCAAUCUAUCAAGGGCUGUUGAACAACUCGCAGGGUUUGGUGGAGAUGUCAGCAUUGUGGCUCAUAAUACCAAACUGUUUAAAUGGGAUAGCAGAGGCAUUCAGCUCGAUCGGCUCCACAGAGUUCUAUUAUUCGGAGUUACCAAGGAGUAUGUCAAGUAUUGCAUCAGCUCUUUUAGGAUUGGGAAUGGCAGUGGCAAGUCUUUUAGCAAGUGUGAUUUUGAGUGCUGCGGAUAAGUACACCAAAGGAGAAGGGAAAGAAAGUUGGGUUUCAAGCAAUAUCAACAAGGGACACUAUGAGUAUUACUACUGGUUUCUUGCUCUAUUGACAGCUUUCAAUCUGAUUUAUUUUGUGGCUUGUUGCUGGCAUUAUGGAACCUCUGUUGAAGUUGACAUCACUAUCAAAAUGAUGGAGCUUAGUGAUGAUGAUGACUGAUUAGUUUUGCCAAAUUCGUUCUUUUGGGCCCCAAAAAAUUCAGGAUGAUUUGACAAGUAUGCUUAUUACAUUUAUUUAACUAGUUUCUGGGAAUGUGCGUUAUCAUUCACCUCAAAAAACUUGAUAAAAUGUUUGUAUUGUAAAUAAUAAAUUAGAAUGUACAUAUAUUAUUCGA